GUUAAACAUGCACAGUAGGUGUGUGAAGAGUAGUACCGUAAUGUUGUCGGGUUUCUAGCAAGCUGAAUGGCAGACACAUCACUUUGAGCUACUAUCAACAGAAGAGAUGGAGUUUGCAUGCAGUCAUGUUGUGUGUAACUGGAGGUCUGAAAACUUAACAGAAGAUGAAGCUAAAGUCUCAAAUCAAGGUUCCACCUCCAGUCUGUCCUGUGGUCUGUCCAGAGCUCAGUCUGUUUCAGAGCAUCCUUACGACAACCGCGUUACCAUCGUUCAGAAACCAACUCCGUCACUGGUUCCACCUCCUGUACCGCCACGUAACAUACAGCAGAAACACACACACUCUAGCUCUCACCCUCCACCCCUGCCACCAAGAGGUCUGGAGAACAAUGGAGAAGCUCGACUUAAAGCUAAUGUUAAUGUAGUGUCACUGAAAGUGGGAAGCCUUGUAGAGAUUAGUAAAGCGUCUGCUAUACAGAGCACCCAGAAACCAGUACAGUGUGAUAAAUGCAAUGCAAUCAUGUCCUCUACAAGCAACCCAGAGACACAACAAAACACAAUAAUGUGGAGCUGUGAGUUUUGUGGUAAGGUGAAUGUCUAUUCCCUGUCUGCACUGAAGGGGGGCCGGUUUCCCUUGCGGCCUCCUCCAGGCAGGGAUAUACUGUACAUGGAGGAUGACGAGGAUACGGAGUAUGAGAAUCUAGAUGACAUGCUCAUUGUCUUCUGCGUGGAUAUUUCCGGAAGUAUGAGUGUCACAUCUGAGAUCUCUCCUGGUAACAGCAUGCGCUCACCCACAUAUAUUUCACGACUGCAAGGAGUCCAAGAAGCUCUUCAGUUGGUGCUGUCCUCCUUGCUGAAAACAUCACCUCACCGAAGAGUGGCACUGGUGACCUUCAACAAUGAGGUCACGGUAUAUGGGGACGGUACCAGGGUUCCUCUCUCCCUGAAAGACUGGGCUCUGGUGGACUACGACUACCUGAAGAAGGAAGGAGAAUACUACAGCACCCCUCACUGCAUUGCAGAGACUAUGCAGCCUCUUACUCAGAAAAUUAAGGAACUCAGAGAGCAUGGUGCUACAGCACUGGGACCAGCUGCUCUCAUCUCUGUCGCCAUGGCAUCACAGUUCACUGGGUCAAAAGUCAUAAUUUGCACAGAUGGGCGGGCCAACAUCGGUCUGGGCCAAUUAGAACACGAGUCUUCCCAUUGUCCCACCCCCUCACCCUAUUUUUACAACCAGUUAGCCUAUUAUGCUGCAGAAAAGGGUGUGAUAGUGUCAGUGAUGACCUUUGAAGGAGAGGACUGUCGUUUGGCAGAGGUGGGAAGGCUGGCUGACCACACUGGAGGCAGAAUCAAUAUUGUAAAUACUGGUACAGUUGCCACAGAGAUUCAGAGUGCUAUAGCUGACAACGUCCUAGCAACAAGUGUCAUGGCAACACUGCUGGCACCUGAUGGAAUGUACUUCCCCUAUGAGGAGGAGGAUCAUUGCUUAGUGAGAGAUAUCGGUAACGUGACAGAAGGAGUUGAGAUCACCUUCCAGUUUGCAGUCAGACCAGAAAAAGUUGAAAGUUUCCAAAGAAGAGACAGGGUCCCUUUUCAGUUGCAGCUCAAUUUCAGGACUCGAGAUUUGCAAAGAGUGACGAGAGUCAUCACUCAACAGAAACGAGUGACCACAACCAGUUGGGUGUGGGUGGGCAGUUUAAAUAUGUCUGUGUUGGCCGUUCACUGUGCCCAGCUGUGUGCCAGACUGACUAUGGAGGGCAAAGUGCAGGAAGCACAGAGGCAACUCAGAGCUCAACAGGACCUUCUAAAAGAUAUAAGUGAACAGAAGCCAAGACCUAAAGAGGAAAGUGUCUAUGGGAACUGGAUCAGUACUAUGAGUAUGAUCUGUGAUGACCUCACCAUUGUCAACAAGAACACAACAGAAACUGAUGCCCAACCAGCAAGCCGAACAUCUUCCAGUGCAAGUCUUUCAGACGAGGCGGCCAAGGUGGUCUACCAAAUGAAGAGAGCAAAGAGUGUGAACGGAAAAGGACAGAGAGUUGCCAUGUUGGAGAACUGAGUUGCCAAGACUCAUAGGAAGUAAUUUGAUUAUCUGAAAUGAGUGAAAUACCCAUGAACUUUUACAAAUCUACUCUGAAUUAAUUGCUACAUCAUUCACAAACUAUGGACAGUUAAUACUGCUUGGAAUGUACAUGAUGUGAAUGUACAAAAAAUGUGUUGUGUAAAGCACGAGUCGCUGACCUAGUAACCUCUGUAGUGGAAAGCCUGCAUGUUCAACACAUACUAGUGUUUAUCUUUGUCUGGUAACUUGUAUUGUAUAAAUGUAUGUCAAAUUACCAAUGUUCACUAUGGUACUAUACUUAGGGACUGUAAUAAUAUAGAUAAUAAAAGAAAUAAAAUAUUUCACAGUCCCA